AUGACAGUGGCGUGUUCGACCCGCCUUGGUUUCCGUCCUCGUCCGUGGACAAUGCCGGUAAGUGGCAUAUCCGGCACGCCUGUCGUCAACGUAAAGGGUGUCGUCGAGUGUGACAUCAGGCCGCGGUUCGCUACCGAACCCGCGUUAAUUGUCCAAGCCUGGGUACUGCCGUCUAUUACAAGUGACAUGCCGCGCACCUCGCUUCCCGUGGAUAUCAAGGAUCGUUUUUCCACCCUCGCACUCACCGAUCCACAGUUCAACGUGGCAUCUCCGGUGGACAUGUUACUUGGGGUCGACGUGUUUUCCGCCAUUCUGGACGGUCGACAAAUUAAAAUCGACGAUGCCUUACCCACUGCUUUUGGUUCAAUCUUCGGUUGGGUCCUAAUCGGGCCAAUUCCGGCGGCGGCCACCUGUCAUCUUGUCACUACACCGGUGUCCUUAGCCACGUCUAUUGAAGCUCUGAUGGAUACAUUUUGGACCGUCGAAGAACCAGACGCAGCUCCGCCAUCUUUUACCGACGAUGGGUGGUGUGAGAGUCAAUUCCUCGCCGAACACAAGCGAUUGCCUUCCGGUCGGUUUCAAGUGCCGCUACCAACGCGUAAGCCAGUACCACAAUUGUCGUUCCCAGGUUCACGUUCCGUCGCGCUCAAGCGUUUCGAAUCCCUCGAACGGAAACUGACGUCCGACACAUCUCUGCGCGGGGCAUAUUGUGACUUCAUGUUUGAAUAUCUCGCGCUCGGUCACAUGUCCGUGGCCACGAGCCCAGGGAAUUACAUCAUCCCCCACCAGGCAGUGUGCACACAGUCCAACGGUGACUUUAAAAUUCGCGUCGUAUUCGACGCUUCCGCUGUGUCCCAUGAUGGGACGUCACUAAAUAGUUGUAUGUAUCAAGGUCCGAAGUUUCAGCAGGACAUAGUGGACAUUUUGACCAGAUUUCGGGUGCACAAAUUCGCGUUCACUGCCGACAUUUGUAAAAUGUAUCGUCAGGUGCUGGUAGCGCCUGAAUAUCGUCCACUCCAGCACAUCUUAUGGCACGCGUCACCUCACGAUAAACUCGUGGAAUGUGAGUUAAAUACGGUGACAUACGGCCUGAAUUGUGCCCCGUUCUUGGCGCUCCGCGUGUUAGCCGCCAUCGCCGAAACGGAUUGCGCCGGUCAAGACGACAUUCGGCGAGCGCUGUUGCAACAAACUUAUGUCGAUGACAUAUGUGUAGGCGCCGAUACGGUCGACGGUGUUCUCAAGCUCCAACGUGAUAUGAUCAACGUCCUCGGUAAAUCCAACUUGGAGUUGAAGAAGUGGUCCAAUAACUAUCCUGCGGUCCUCGACAGUAUACCCGCCUCUGCCCGUGUGACGGGUCCGUUACCUUUUGAUGCUGUGGAUGGGGGUGGCGUCAAGGUUCUCGGCCUGCAAUGGCAGCCGAUCGAUGACGUUUUUGGGUGCGCCAUCCGUUGUGACUCACCACCCGUAUUCACCAAACGCGGCGUUUUAUCGUUAAUCGCGCGCAUUUUCGAUCCGUUGGGCAUAUUUUCGCCGGCCACCUUCUACGCGAAGCACAUAAUGCAACGAACGUGGUCCUGCAAUCUUGGAUGGGACGACUCUCUUCCGAAUGAUCUUCACCAGGAAUGGUCCACUUUCAUCGAAUCAUUGGCUUGCCUCCGUCAAAUAAACAUUCCUCGACACUUUAGCACGCAGUCCGCCGGCCGUUGUCUAUUGUUAGGAUUUUGUGAUGCGUCACAGAAUGGAUGCGCCGCUGUCGUAUACCUCCGCGUGUUGGACGAUCGGGAGGACGCUUCGAUCUCGCUGGUUGGCGCGAAAACCAAGCUAGCGCCGAUGAAAUCGUUGACCAUCCCGCGGCUCGAGUUGAACGCCGCUGAGUUAUUGGCGCGUUGGUUAUACCGCGUCAAGUGUAUUCUCGAUCCUCAGGUCAACAUUGUCGGUGUACAUGCAUGGACGGACUCAACGAUUGUCCUGUCCUGGUUGGUCAAUCGCCACGAGUCGUUUAAAAUAUACGUGUCAAAUCGGGUUCACAGAAUUAACACGCUAAUACCGAGUUGCGUGUGGGCACACAUUCCAUCCGCGGACAAUCCCGCCGAUUGUGCUUCACGCGGUGUGUUACCGUCCGAGCUUCCAGCAUUAAAGCUUUAUUGGCAGGGUCCUGAGUUUCUACGGCGUUGUCCGUCACCGUGGCCGGUCGGAGCCGCCAUACUGCCGCUGAACGACUUGCCCGAAUUGCGCGUUCUAUCCGUGACCGUCAACGUUCAACCUCCCGCUGUUGAAUGGUUCGACGAGUUUUCGUCUUACGACAAGUUGGUUCGCGUUGUGGCCCAUGUGUAUCGAUUUACAAAUCGCUGCCGCCAUCGCGUAUGGGUUACGCGACGGGCGGCCAUCACCCGUUAUGAACUCGACGCGGCACUUCAGGCGCUGGUGAUCGAGUCCCAACGUAAGUUUUUUGCACAAUUACGGCACGAGUUAUCUCACCGUCUCCGUGUGGCAGCCAAACCGCUCGCCCAUCUGUGCCCGUUCAUUGAUCCCUCCGGCGUCAUUCGAGUGGGUGGGCGAUUGCGUCACUCAAUGCUGCCAUAUGACCGUCAGCACCCGAUAUUACUAGCAAAACACUCGCGCUUGGCCUUGUUGGUGUGUCGUCAUUGGCAUCGCAUCAGCUGUCAUGCCGGACCUCGAGUUGUGACCGCCAUGGUGUCCCUACAAUUUUGGAUAAUGUCCGUAAGAUCAGUGCUACAUCAAAUCAGCAGUGAAUGUACCAUCUGCGUCCGAUUUGACCAUCAACCACCUCAACCGUUGAUGGCUGAUCUGCCACCAGGCCGUGUUCAACAGUGUCGGCCGUUCGCGCGAGUGGAUAUUGAUUUCGCUGGUCCAUUGCAGUUACAAGAGACCCGCCUUCGCAAAGCACGAUCGUUUAAGGUGUAUGUGGCUGUUUUUGUAUGUUUCGCGGUGAAGGCGUGUCACCCAAGGUUGUGA